AUGUGGGAGAGACGCUGGGAUUCAGGGAGAGAGACGCUGGGAUUCAGGGAGAGAUACGCUGGGAUUCAGGGAGAGACACUGGAAUUCAGGGAGAGACACUGGAAUUCAGGGAAAGAAACGCUGGGAUUCAAGGAGAGACACUGGGAUUCAGGGAGAGAGACGCUGGGAUUCAGGGAGAGAGACACUGGGAUUCUGGAAGAUACACUGGGAUUCAGGGAGAGAGACGCUGGGAUUCUGGAAGAGACACUGGGAUUCAGGGAGAGAAACGCUGGGAUUCAGGGAGAGACACUGGGAUUCAGGGAGAGAGACGCUGGGAUUCAGGGAGAGAGACGCUGGGAUUCAGGGAGAGAGACGCUGGGAUUCUGGAAGAUACACUGGGAUUCAGGGAGAGAGACGCUGGGAUUCUGGAAGAGACACUGGGAUUCAGGGAGAGAAACGCUGGGAUUCAGGGAGAGACACUGGGAUUCAGGGAGAGAGACGCUGGGAUUCAGGGAGAGAGACGCUGGGAUUCAGGGAGAGACACUGGGAUUCAGGGAGAGAGACACUGGGAUUCAGGGAGAGAGACGCUGGGAUUCUGGAAGAGACACUGGGAUUCAGGGCGAGAGACGCUGGGAUUCAGGGAGAGAGACGCUGGGAUUCAGGGAGAGACACUGGGAUUCAGGGCGAGAGACGCUGGGAGAGGCUGGGAUUCUAGGAGAGACACUGGGAUUCUAG